AUGGCAGGUCAUCGAAAUUGGACAAGCGGAAGUGAUGAUGCUUACAAGACCAAACAAACUACAUAUCUUCGCAGAGAUUUAGAGCAAGGAAGACCAUCAAAGGAUCGAAAGUACAGAUUUAGAGAUCAAGGACCUUUAGAACCGGAUGAUCGGAGACGUGUUGAAUUUAAGAAGAAAUUGUUAGAUAGUGUGGAAAGUUCGAAUUUGGAAGAAUUCCGCAAGAAGGACAAUGAGCUAAAAGAAAUGCCAAAAUGCAUCCGCAGUUUCUACGAAGAACAAAACAAUCGACUAGAUGAUUGGCUGGAAGUAAAUGCCAUUGUCCAAGCACUCGCAGAUGAUAUUCUCGAAUCCUUCGAUCCUCGAGAUGAUAAUGGUGAUGGAGUUGCAGAAGGAGGAGGUGCAUUACAAGAUACCCAAGGAUUUGUCGAACCCUUCCUACCAGAUGCCGAACAAGAGAAACGUCAAAAAGCUCGCAGGAGUGCUAAAUGGGCUAUUAAUAUCAACGUAAUCGCGAAUAUUAUUCUCCUCGCCGCUAAAGGUGUAGCGGCGUUUUAUUCCUCGUCACUUUCUCUAAUAGCUUCUCUCGUUGAUUCAGCUCUCGAUCUUCUCUGUACGGUUAUAGUAUUUACGACCAAUCGAUUAGUAGAAUGGAGAUUAAUGAGUCUGAAAAGAAAAUUCCCCGUGGGAAGAAAGAGAUUGGAACCCAUUGGAAUUUUGGUAUUUUCCAUCAUAAUGAUUAUUUCAUUCGUACAAAUUCUUCAAGAAUCGGCUCAGAAACUCAUGUCCAAGGGUCCACAUGAAGCAAAGGAAUUACCCGUUAUUGCAAUUGCUUCGAUGGCUGGUACGAUUGGUCUUAAGGGUCUUAUUUGGUUUGGAUGUAUUAAAAUUAAAACUACACAGGUUCAAGCUUUGGCUCAAGAUUGCAAAACCGACGUAAUCUUCAACACCCUCUCUCUCAUCUUCCCCUACGUCGGCAACGCCGCCAAAAUCUGGUGGCUUGACCCCCUCGGCGCUGGUCUCCUCUCCCUCUUCAUAAUCUACGACUGGGCAUCCACCUGUCUAGAAAACAUAUUCCGACUAACCGGCGCCGCAGUAGACGAUCGUUUACAACAAAAACUCACAUUUCUCGCAUGGCGUUUUAGUCCACUAGUAAAUGGAUAUAAAAGUAUCACGGCUUAUCAUGCGGGUGAUGGUGUUUGGGUGGAAGUAGACAUACUUCUUAGUGAGGGGACGACCUUGGAGGAGGCGCAUGAUGUGGCGGAAACGUUGCAGUAUUGUUGUGAGGGGUUGCCCGAGGUCGAUAGGGCGGGGAGGGGGUGGAGAGAAGAUUUUGUGUAUAAUGUAAUGAAAGAGAUUAUUCCUAUCUCUGAAUAUUGUCAAAAACAGUAUAAAAUUACUAAAAUUGAAGAGGAGGUUAUUAUUCAGCAUAUAAUCGAUAUGGAUGAGCGAGGAUUUAGUCCUAAAUUCAUAAGUGUUGAAAGUAUAGUGAAUUAUAUUCUUGAAUCGAGGGGUGGAAAGCGUAUUGCAAAAGUAAAGGAAUACAGCUAG